UCGUUCAUCGUUCGUCGAAUCGUUUCCUCCUUCCCUGAUGGGUGCCUGUUGCAGCGCGAAGCGAAAGAACUCGGUGCCAAUCGUCACCCCGCAGACUAAGAAAACCACGAAGCGAAUUGGCGACAUCUCCGAUGAGGAGGUUGACCUCAUUUGCUUCGGUUCUUUUGAUGUUGAUGAUCGGCGACUACCGUCGCUGCAUGUGGUUGAUCUUUUUGGUGCAUUGCUGAUAUUGCUGAUCGACAUUUGGGCUUACACAGGGAUUGAAGAUAAUUAUUCGCCCCAGCUUCAGCUGGUAUUCAAACAGUUUGAUGUGAACGGUGACGGUUAUAUCGAGGAGCCGGAACUGAAGCAGGUGAUGACCCGGCUCGGGCAGGAACCUAGCAAUGACGAAAUCAGGGCCAUGUUCAAAGCUGCCGAUCUCAAUCGCGAUGGAAAAAUUAGCUAUGAAGAAUUCACGGAAAUCGCCCAGGCAAAUCCUCUGUCGCUUUCAAUGAAGACAGUGUUCGGCGAAAUGGACAAAGAUGGUGAUGGCUACGUUACCAGGUCAGAAAUGGAUGAGGCGCUGCGGCGCAUGGGUCACCAGAUAACCGAAAAUGAACUCAACGCUAUAUUCAAAGCUGCCGAUACAGACCUCGAUGGAAAAAUAGAUUUUGAAGGUAACACAUCGACUUACAUGUGACA